AACAUUCUUGCACUUGGCUUCUGGGCGUCCAACUUCCUCGAAAUGAUUUCAAAUUGCACUACUUUCGUACUUUCGAAUUAGCGACAUACCGAAUUUUUAAAAGAGUCAACAGCUUUGCCGGUAAUACCAAAAGGGUGAAUUAAACGCAAAUAUGAGCAACAACUGUCAGAACGCAAAAUGCCGUUUGAGGAGCAAAAUUGCGCAAAAACAACACAACAGUAGUGUUUUAGCAUAUUACAAAAUGUCAAGGCCAACUCUGUACUACGCUCUGUUCAGCCCUCCAGCCAGAGCUUGCAUAAUUACUGCAAAGCUAAUUGGCUUGGACCUGGAGCUCAAGCCUGUGGAUUUUUCCAAGAAAGAGCAUUGCAGCGAGGAGUUUUUAAAGCUCAAUCCCCAGCAUCAGAUUCCGGUAUUUGUGGACACCGACGGUGAGGUUUAUGUAGACAGCCAUGCCAUUAUAUGCUUCAUGGUGGGGAAAUAUGCCAAGGACGACCAGCUGUAUCCGAAGGAUCUAAAGAAACGGGCGCAUGUCGAUCAUCGUUUGCACUACGAGAACGGUGUGCUAUUCCAGGUUAUCAUUUACGGCGGCGAGGCGGAGCUCAACCAGAGGUCUCUGACUCUCUGCCACAAUGCCUACGCAGACCUCGAGCACUUUCUGUUGAAGGGAAACUUUGCAGCAGGCAACGAUCUGAGCGUAGCGGAUGUUUCGAUUCAUACAACGCUCGUGACAUUGGAAUUGCUUAUACCGCCUGAUCCGGAUCGUUAUCCCCAGAUUACAGCAUGGCUCAAGCGCAUGAACCUAUUGAUACCCGACAAUGAGGAGAUGAAUCUUAAAGGAGCAGAGGCUCUGAAUGCACGGAUAAGAAGCUGCAUGGCCGAGAACAAGACAAAGUAAAACCUCCAAGAGGAAUGGGAUCCAAUCAAAUAACUUGUUUGUUGUACAUUGUUGAACUAGAAUUUAUUGUUGAUACUAUUAUAUUUUUAUAUUUUUAAAUCCUUGCUACAAUACAA